CAGAUCGGAUCAGUCUUCAAAGCAAAGGCGAUGGCAUUUUAUCCCCUGCAAAUUGCUGGACUGGUUCUUGGCUUUCUCGGCAUGGUCGGGACUCUUACCACAACCCUUCUGCCUCAGUGGAGAGUAUCAGCUUAUGUUGGCAGCAACAUUAUUGUCUUUGAAAGGCUCUGGGAAGGGCUCUGGAUGAACUGUGUCCGACAAGCCAAGAUCACGUUGCAGUGCAAGUUCUAUAGUUCUUUGCUGGCUCUCCCACCUGCCUUAGAAGCAGCCCGGGCCCUCAUGUGUGUGGCUGUGGCUCUCUCCUUGAUUGCUCUGCUUAUUGGCAUCUGUGGCAUGAAGCAGGUCCAGUGCACGGGCUCGGAUGCGAGGGCCAAAGCAUACCUUCUGGGGACUUCCGGAGUUCUCUUCAUCCUGACGGGCAUCUUGGUUCUGAUUCCGGUGUGCUGGACAGCCAAUAUCAUCAUCAGGGAUUUCUACAACCCAGCCGUCCAUGUAGGUCAGAAACGAGAGCUGGGAGCAGCACUUUUCGUCGGCUGGGCAAGCGCCGCUGUCCUCCUCAUAGGAGGGGGUCUGCUCUGUGGUUUCUGCUGUUGCAACAGGAAGAAGGAAACGCACAGGUAUCCAGCCCCUGGGAAUUGUGUCCCAUACACAGAUAAGCGAAGGAACACGAGAAUGCCGAAUAAGACCUCCACCAGUUAUGUCUAAUGCCUGUUUCUGG